AUGAAGUUCACCACAUGCGCCCAGGUGCUGUCCGCGGCGGCCAUCGCAUCAGCCGCCGCGGUGUCCAUACCCGGGAAGCGAGAGGUCCGUUACGGUUAUUCCCACUCACACAAGAUCAAGGGGAUAUCGUGGGCCGAAGCGGUGAAAAUCAUGGGAGGGGACCCAGGGGGUGAGUCGGGCGGCAGUGACUUUUACGAAAAAGCCUCCAACAAAACCGCCUCACCGGGCAACACCACCGCGAUCCAACCCAUCGCGACCCAAUCCGUCACGACCCAAUCCGCCGCGACCCAAACGACGCCCUCUGACUCCUGCACUGACAAUGUCCGGAUCGAGUGGAACAAUAUGUCGGACGGCCACAAACUCUCGUAUGUCCAAGCAGUCAAAUGUUUAAUGGACGCGCCUGCUACUUGGGGUAUGGGAUGA